CUCAGUCCCUCGCCGUACACAGGCGUCGUAAAACGUGCUUCUGUGAUUGAUUAAUCGUAAUAAUGCUUCUUAUACUAAUAUGGAGCGUUGUAGCCCUGGCGGCGUUGUACCUGUACUACCGCCAACUAUACUCAAGCCUCCGGCAGCGUGGGCUCAAGCACUUCACGCCGGUCCCACUGCUGGGCAACAUGGCCGGCAUGACGCUGAGAUACGAGCACUUCUCAGACUACCUGAAGAGGCUCUACGAUAGCUUUCCCGAAGAGAGGUUCGUCGGCAACUUCGAGUUCACCAACCCGCUGGUGGUUAUCCGCGACCUGGAGCUGGCCAAGAAGGUGACCAUCAAGGACUUCGAGCACUUCCUCGAUCACCGCACCGUGGUGGACGACAAGCUUGAUCCGUUUUGGGGAAGGAAUCUGUUUUCAUUGAAAGGUGACGAGUGGAGGAACAUGCGCGCGACAUUAAGCCCGGCGUUCACCAGCUCCAAGAUCCGCCUGAUGAUUCCCUUCAUGGUGGAGGUGGGGAACCAGAUGAUCAGCUGCCUCAAGAAGCAGAUCCAGGAGUCUGGAACGAGUUCAAUCGAAGUAGAAGCCAAAGACCUGACGUCGCGCUUCGCCAACGACGUGAUCGCGUCGUGCGCCUUCGGGCUGAAGGUGGACUCGCAGGCGCAGCAGGACAACGAGUUCUACGAGAUGGGCAAGGAGGCCUCCACCUUCAAGUUCAGACAGAUAUUAGUUUUCUUCGGGUACAAUUCCUUCCCGAAGUUGAUGUCGAAACUGAAAAUAACAGUGUUCAGCCACAGGACGAUGGUGUUCUUCAGGUCGCUGAUAUCGGGCACUAUGCGCGAGCGAGAGGACAAGAACAUCGUGCGCCCGGACAUGAUCCAUCUCUUGCUGGAAGCUAAGAAAGGAAAGUUGACACACGAUGACAAAGUGAAAGACACAGAUGCUGGAUUCGCGACAGUAGAGGAGUCAGCAGUGGGCAAGGCGAAGGCUAAAGUUGACUGGUCUCAAGACGACCUCAUAGCUCAGACCAUGGUCUUCCUCAUCGGAGGCUUCGAGACCGUGUCCUCGAGCAUGGCCUUCGCGCUUCACGAGCUGGCCAUCAACCCAGAUAUCCAAGAGCGACUGGUGAAGGAAAUUAAGGAGUACAAUGCCAAGAACGGAGGGAAACUCGACUUCAACGAUCUGCAGAAGAUGCCCUAUAUGGAUAUGGUGGUGUCAGAGCUGAUGAGGAUGUGGGGACCCGGCUUCAUGGUGGACCGGAUCUGCAUCAAGGACUACAACUUGGGGAAACCUAACAAAAACUCCACUGAUGAUUAUAUCAUUCGCCGCGGCGAAGGCCUAGUGAUCCCAGUGUGGGCCCUGCACCGCAGUCCGGAGUUCUACCCGGAACCGGACAAGUUUGACCCGGAGCGGUUCUCCGAUGAAAACAAGAACAACAUCAAGUCCUUCACGUACCUACCUUUCGGAAUUGGACCCAGAAACUGUAUUGGGUCCAGGUUCGCGCUGUGCGAGAUCAAAGCCAUGCUGUACCAGCUGCUCCUCCACUUCGAGUUAACACCAAGCGCACGCACAUGCGCUCCCAUCCGCCUGUGCAACAGUUCAUUCAAUCUUCGGGCCAAGGGCGGCCACUGGAUGACGUUCAAGGUCCGCGAACCGAAGAUGUUGCUCCUAAUAUGGGUGACAGUCCUCAUUGCUUCCCUGGUGCUAUACCUGCGAGAUCUACAGGCGCGCUUGGUGCGGCGCCAGCUGAGUCAGCUGCCAGUGGUACCACUUCUGGGACACAUGAGCGGCGUGGUGCUUAGGAAGGAACACGUCACUGCCGCCCUGCGGAGGAGUUACCAAGCCUUCCCUCAGGAUAAAAUCGUGGGUCACUACGAGUUCCUCAACCCCAUGUUGUUGGUGCGAGACCCCGAACUGCUGAAGUGCAUCGCUGUGAAAGACUUCGAGUACUUCGUGGAUCGACGGGCUUUUGGAGACCCCGACGACCCAGUCUUUGGGAGAAAUUUGUUGCUUUUGAAAGGCGACGAAUGGAAAGCGAUGAGAUCGACUCUCAGUCCAGCUUUCACCAGCUCCAAGAUAAAGCUGAUGGUCCCUUUCAUGGUGGAUGUUGCGGUCAAAAUGAAUGAAGAGCUUACGAGAAGAAUUGAAGACACUCAAGAAGGCUACAUCGACAUCGACAUCAAGGAACUGACGUCCCGCUUCGCCAAUGACGUCAUCGCGACGUGCGCCUUCGGGCUGCGCGUCAACUCCAUGUCCAUGGACAACGAGUUCUACAAGAAGGCCCGUGACGUCACCAGCUUCACCUUCUCGAGGUUCAUGAAGGUUAUCGGGUUUAGGUCUUUGCCAAACCUAAUGAAGUUUCUGAAAGUGUCGCUACUGCCGGCUUCCCUCGCUGAGUUCUUCAGCACCGUGGUCCUCGGCACCAUACGCCAGCGGGAGAGGCACAGCAUCGUCAGGAACGACAUGAUUCACCUCCUCAUGGAAGCGAAGAAGGGGCGACUGGUUUAUGACAAUAAUGUAACUGAAACUGCUGCUGGAUAUGCAAGUGUUGUGGAUUCAGCUGUUACAAAGAAACAUGCAGUAACUGAUUGGAGCGAUUCAGACCUGGUGUCCCAAGCGGUGUUGUUCCUGAUCGCCGGCUUCGUGACGGUGUCCACCGAGCUGUCCUUCCUCCUGCACGAACUUGCCGCCAACCCUGAGGUCCAGGAGAAGCUGGUGCAGGAGAUCAGAGAGAACGAGGCGCAGAACGAAGGACAGUUCAACUUCGAGUCCAUACAGAAGAUGACGUACUUGGAUAUGGUUGUUUGUGAAACUCUGCGUAUGUGGCCCGCUGCAGCGAUGAUCGACAGGGUGUGCGUGAAGGACUACAACGCUGGGAGACCCAACAAGCACGCCACUGAAGACUUUGUGGUAAAAAAGGACGAAGUUCUUACUAUCCCAGUGUGGUCUUUCCAUCGGGACCCGCAGUACUUCCCAAACCCGGAAAAGUUUGAUCCUGAACGCUUCUCAGUGGAAAAUCGUCACAAAAUCAAACCCUUCACAUACAUGCCAUUUGGAGUCGGCCCUCGAAACUGUAUUGGGUCACGGUUCGCCCUGUGCGAGGUCAAGGUCAUGGUGUACCAGCUGCUGAAGACCCUGGAAGUAUCCUUGUGCAGCAAGAGCUGUGUGCCGGGCCGCCUGGCGGCUGGCAGCCUGGAGAUGAAGAUGAGUGGCGGAUUCUGGCUCAGAAUCAAGAUGCGCCAACAAUAAUAAGCUUAAGGAUUAAGAUAGAAGAGAAUAGAACAAUAGAUAUCGUGUGUAAUGGUUAGUGGUGUACCAUCAUCAUUUCAGCCAGAGGAGACCCUAAGCCAAGACCGAGAACAUGAGCCUCCCCCAAUUCCAUAUUGACCGGUUAGUAGCUGCCUUUAUGAAAUAUCACUUUUGGUCUAAAACAGUUAUCUGUCUGCCGCUGUGCAACGGAGUGAAAUCCGAUAUUACAAGAAAGUAUAUUUCGUGUUACUCUUACGGUCUUCUGCUUUUUGUUGCGAGCUCCGAGACGGUAGUAUCUGGGACUACUCAAGUCAUUGGACUCCAAACUGUAGAUCCUGAUUAUACAGGAGUUGCAGUGGUGAGAAAGAAAGGUGAAUUAGUCCCGGUAACGUAUGUAUUGGUUAAGACUCGAUAUUUUUUACAACUCUUAUGCCCUUUUUCACCAUCAGUCCCUAUUUUUUAAGAGACCCCUAUAAAAAUAAAAUUUCUGUUAAGUGUUACCUAAGGGGUCACUUACAAAUUAGGGAUUGAUGGUGAAAACGGCCAUAAGUAUUCUACUUCAAACACCUCAGAUAGAUAUUCUCCCAAUGAAACAAAGCGAUAUUUAGUUAUCAGGUAGUUUAAAUUGCGUAAACUUUCCUAAAUGUUAUCAGGAAGUGAUGACCUAUACUUUUUGUCUUCUCGUCUCAUUAAAAGAUAACCGAACAUUAUUAUCUGAAACAUUAUUUUUGGCUAGUAAAAUGUAUGUGUGGUUGUAAUGAUUUAAUAUGUAAACCCCUUUUUAUUGGCGGUAUGUUUAACGAACCUAUAAC